AUGGCUGAAAAGAACGAAAAAGAUAGUGAAAAGGAUGCUAUCUCUUCGGAGCUUACACGCUUUUGGGAAUUGGAAAGUUUGGGAAUUAGAGGUGACGAAAUAGAUACUUUAGGUGUGAAUGAACAAGGCCUUUUAAGGGAAUUCAAUGAUUCGAUUCAGUUUGUUGAAAAUAGAUAUUGUGAGUAUCGGGAAGUUGUUGGCAGUUAUUUGAAAGCGGGAAUAGUGGAAUUGUCAGAUGAUUUAGUAGAUGAAUCAACGUUUUAUUUGCCCCAACAUGCUGUCAUUCGCGAAGAUAAAACAAGUAGUCGCCUCAGAAUUGUGUUUGAUGGUACAACUCAUGCUGAAGGAGAAUACUCACUUAAUGACUGUCUUCACACUGGAGUAAACCUGUAUCCUAACUUGUUCGAACUUUUGGUGCAAUUUAGAAAAAAUGCUGUAGCAUAUACAGCGGAUGUUAAACAGACAUACUUACAAAUUUUGAUAGACCCAUAA